GACGCUGCCUCCCGAGGGCCGUAGGGAUUUGUGGGCCUAGGGGAGGGUGGUCGGGACGGAGUGUUACUGUCAGUUCAGCUGACGGCUUUGGGUGCUCUACCCCGUCCCCCCAGUCGCUGGAGGCAGAGAGCCGGGAGCUAGCCUGGGAUCUCUGAACCCGCGGAACUUGGGCUUCAGGUGCUCUCUGGCCAUCGCCUUGUUUGCUACCUAUGCUCCCGCUGUCGUUUUCCUUUAUUUAUAUAAACAAAUAGUCAUCACAGAGAAUUACCGGGUUUUCUUGCUAUUCCAUGUCUCACUCAGCAUUCCCAAAGUAGUUUCUAGUGCUCGGGACCGCCCCAUUGACCAUGGUGGCCUCGGGCGCUGUCCCACUGUGCCCCUCUCCCCACCACUCCCACAUUCCGUGCCCUUUCCAGAGCGCAUCCGGUUGUCGGGGUGCGUGUUCCCAUUGGAAAGCGCCAAGUGUCCCAGGCUCCCAGGAGUGCCUUUGAUAAGUUAGAUGACCCAAGUCAGGGAUUCAUCGCAACAAGAAACGUUACAUUGACACCCCCUGUAGGCGCCAAGUGCUCCGCUGGGCAUCCACAGAGAAAAUAGAAGAGUAGUUCUCAUCCUACUGGGGAGACACUGUAUGCGGCCAAGUUGGUGUAAAAGUCAGAAAAAGCAAUCUCGGGCUCUGGGAAGGAAGAGAAAUGGGAGUGAGAACGUUGAGCCUUUCCUGGCAGUUCUUGAUAGUUCUGGUUUUGAUCCUGCAAAUCUUGUCCGCGUUGGAUUUUGACCCAUACAGAGUCCUAAGGGUCAGCCGCACAGCCAGCCAGGCUGAUAUUAAAAAGGCUUAUAAGAAGCUCGCCCGGGAAUGGCAUCCUGAUAAAAAUAAAGAUCCAGGAGCAGAAGACAAAUUUAUUCAGAUUAGCAAGGCUUAUGAGAUUCUUUCCAAUGAAGAAAAGAGAUCCAACUUUGAUCGCUACGGUGACGUUGGUGAAAACACUGGGUACCACCAGCCACAGCAGCCACAGAGUCACCACUUCCACCAUUUCCAUGACAGCUUUUACUUUGAUGAAUCCUUUUUUCAUUUCCCAUUCCAUUCGGAACGGCGAGACUCAUCUGAUGAGAAGUAUCUGCUUCACUUUUCCCAUUAUGUCAAUGAGGUAGUCCCAGACAGCUUCAGGAAGCCCUACCUCAUCAAAAUUACCUCGGACUGGUGCUUCAGCUGCAUCCACAUUGAACCCGUCUGGAAAGAAGUGGUGCAAGAACUGGAAGGAUUAGGUGUGGGAAUUGGUGUUGUCCAUGCUGGCUAUGAAAGACGGCUGGCCCAUCACCUGGGAGCCCACAGCACUCCCUCCAUCCUAGGAAUUAUAAAUGGGAAAAUCUCAUUCUUUCACAAUGCAGUUGUUCGAGAGAACCUUCGACAGUUUGUGGAGAGCCUCAUUCCAGGAAACUUGGUGGAGAAGGUCAGUGAUAAAAAUUAUGUCCGAUUUCUCUCUGGCUGGCAGCAUGAGAAUAAGCCUCAUGUUCUUCUGUUUGACCACAUGCCACUGGCACCAUUGUUGUACAAGUUGAUUGCUUUUGCCUACAAGGAUUAUUUGUCAUUUGGAUAUGUUUAUGUCGGCUUGAGAGGGACACAAGAGAUGACAAGUCAGUACAAUGUCAAUAUCUAUACUCCUACCAUAUUGGUCUUCAAGGAGCACAUAGACAAACCAGCUGAUGUUGUACAGGCUCGGGGUUUAAAGAAGCAGACCAUUGAAGACUUUGUUUCCCAAAACAAGUACCUUCUGGCAGCCAGGCUUACCAGUCAGAAGAUGUUCCAUGAGCUAUGUCCUGUAAAGAGAUCUCAUCGCCAAAGGAAGUACUGUGUGCUCUUAAUGAUUCGGGAAGGAGCAAAGUCAAAUCCAGAUUUUGAAGCUUUCUUGUCCUUUGCAUUGGCAAACAGCCAGGACACAGUGAGAUUUGUGCAUGUCUAUAGCAACCGGCAGCAGGAGUUUGCCAACACUUUGCUGCCCAGCAGUGAAAUAUUUCAGGGGAAAUCUGCGGUCUCUAUCUUAGAAAGACGUAACACAGCCGGAAAAGUGGUAUACAAAACUCUGGAAAAUCCCUGGACUGGAAGUGAGAAGGAUAAGUUCAUCCUUCUGGGCUAUCUGGAUCAGCUGCGUAGAGAUCCCGCUCUUCUUUCCUCUGAGGCUAUCUUACUUGAUCUAGUUGAUGAACUUGCUCCUGUGUUUUUUCUUCGAUGGAUUUACUCCACUUCUGAAUACUUCUCAGACAUUUGGGACAGUGUACUUCACAACAAUUGGCGAGAAAUGAUGCCCCUUCUGUCCCUGAUUUUCUCUGCUCUCUUCAUUCUUUUUGGAACAGUCAUUGUUCAGGCUUUCAGUGAUUCCAAUGAGGAUCGAGAGUCACGGCCUCCUGAGAAAGAAGUCAGCGAGAAGACCGAGAAGACUGAAACCUGCUUCAGUAAAGAAAAUAGCAGCAGGAUUCCCAAGAAGGGUUUUGUGGAGGUGACUGAGCUUACAGAUGUCACAUACAUGAGUAACCUGGUUCGACUGAGGCCAGGCCACAUGAAUGUCGUCCUUAUUCUCUCUAACUCUACCAAGACCAGCCUGCUUCAGAAGUUUGCUUUUGAAGUGUACACAUUCACUGGGAGCAGCUGCCUCCACUUCUCCUUCCUGAGUCUUGAUAAGCACCGAGAGUGGCUGGAAUAUCUAUUAGAGUUUGCCCAGGAUGCUGCUCCCAUCCCAAACCAGUAUGAUAAACAUUUCUUGGAGCGUGACUACACUGGCUACGUCCUGGCUUUGAAUGGACACAAGAAAUACUUCUGCCUCUUCAAGCCCCAGAAAACAGUAGAUGACGAGGAAACCAUAGGUCCGUGCAGUGACCUUGACUCUUCCCUCCAUUUGGGCGAGGCCCGAGGGAAACCCUUCUGUAGUUCUGGAUCCAAACCCCUCAAAGGCAAACUAAGCAAGUUGUCCUUAUGGAUGGAGCGCCUUUUGGAAGGCUCCUUACAGAGAUUCUAUAUCCCAUCAUGGCCUGAACUAGACUGAGAGAAUUUUUUUAAAGGAGAUUCAGCCCCUCCAGACUUGGUCGGAAAAUGAGCAGGAUUAUCCAAAUGGUCAGGAGAGACAGACAAUAGGUUUUAGAUAUUCUUCUAGGACAAUGGCUAGGAGAAUUCUCUCUUUGUCUUGCUCUAACCUAGGAGUGAAAUAUACCACAAGUUGAAUUCUCUGUACCAAAAUGUUUGUUUGGGGUUUUUUUCCUCAUUCGGAUGGCGCACUAUUUAAAGCAGACACUCUCUCUUCCUCUCGUGUCCUCGCCACAUGUGCUUCCCAUACUUUGUCUCGUCUCUUCAUGGAGAGACCCUGUGACUCAGAGAGGACUGGACUUGAGGAAGCUCAUGGGCAGAGGCAGGCACACCGCCCCUUCCCCAACUCCUCUCCGUCCUCUUCCCACCAGGCUUCUGCCUUGGCUCCUGCAAUAAUCUUGGGCUGGGGUGGAGAGGGCCUGCCCUGCAAAUGUCCAGGAAUGGAUCUGGGGACAGCCUCCUUUAGCAGACUGUGAGCUGUCUUUCCUACACUGAUUAUCCGGGUUCCUGCAUGUGCAUUCAUUUCUCUUUCCAGGGAAAGGGAAAAGCAAAAGUGUCUGAGACUUUGCAGUCCCGUGUUCUUAUCGUCAUGGCCUAAAGAGUAGAGAUGAGCCUCACUGCUUAGCCUGUAGCCCAGGUGAGGGGGGACACUGAGGGAGCCCCGCAGCCAUUUUGAGCCAUUGCAAUGUCUCGUCUUCAGAUGCCUUUCUGUCCCGGUCAGUCAUAGGGCGCUCUCUUAUUUAGGAGCCAUAACCUUUGGUUGUGUUCUCAGAUGUAGGGACAAGCUGCCAUGAGCCAGUAGACAUGUAGAACCCAAGUCAAGCACUCCUACCUUCUAGGACAUCAAUCUGAAGGAAUCUUCCCAACCCCCCAGGACACAGCUUUAGGACCGCAGACAUUUCUUUGUAUCAAGGAACUUAAAAAUUUGUUGGUGAUUUUUUUUUUUAAUUCUGUUGCCCCCACAAUGCCGUCCGUCAAAUCCUCUGUCAUCAGUGGACCCCCUCUAGUUGUAGCACCCCAUGUAUACGAUGCUUGGUUUCAGCCUCUGGCCCCUGUUGAUGGGUCAUCUCAGCUGUUUUCCAUAUUAACUUACAGUCACCCUCUGCAGCUUCAGGUCAGACUAAAAUCGCCAUCCGUUUGAACGUGCCAGACGGGACAGUGCCAGUCCAUUAGAGCUGACCCCUUCUUUAAGGACAGAGCUGCCGAGGGAGGCAAAGGCUGACUUCCUUCAAAAAUGUCAUCCUGACUUACUCAUCUCUAAAGCGAGGGGCAGAAGCCAGAAUAGGACUCAUAAGAAAAUGACAUGGAUUUUAAUAUUAUAGUUGCUUUAGACUAUUUCAUUUGAUUGCAAAAUAACUUAGAAGUAGUUAGUGCCUGCAGGGGUAAAGUGGUGAAUGAUUUAAACCAAGGUUCUUCCAAUAUUAUUUAUUAAGGGGGGAAAACCAGUGCCAGGCUUCCUUCUCCCCUUGAUCCUCCUAGAAAGGCUCGAGUAGCCUUGGCAGCCCGUUUGGGGGGAACUGUCUGGUGGAGCUAGAGCAUUCAAAACUACCCAACUGGCAUUGGACUUUGUGGUCUGGUGCCGCUCAGCCUCGUCCCUGGGCCUAGCCUUCACCAGGGCUUCCACUACAACCUUGGGCUUUUGUUUUUACUUUUGAUUCGCAUGGGCUUUCUUACCUUAGGUUCUGAAAACCAAAAACCUCUUCCUAAACUUGCUGCUUCCUUUUUUUGCACUUUGCCUUGUGUAGACAAUGCAAACCAAGUGGCCAGAUGUACUUUCAGCCCCCCUCCUCCUAACACAGGGCCACCGUGUUUGGACAGGAGCCACUGCUGGGAAGGUGCUAGUCCUGACAAAACUCCAGAAGUUCUUUUUGGGAAGAAGGGGAUUUUUGUCAAGUUAAAAGAAAAAUUUUAAAUGAGGGAUUUGGUAAAUGAUCUCUAAGAUCCCUCCCAUCUCUGACACUGUGUUCUAAGUUCUGUUUGGAAGGUCCUACCAUUUUGUGGGUACGGGUUUGUGAUUCCUUUUGUACGGUAUGGAUUUUGCUUUUUUCUUUUCAAACCAAACCCUUUAAUAGUUUAAGCCUUCCUCCAAAGAUGAGACUCAACUCAUAUUGUUUGUCCUUAUUUCGGAGGUACCUGCGUAAAGGAUGAAUUGUUCAUUCAAACCAGCUUUCUAAUUGAAGGUGAAUUUUGAGGUAUGACCAAGUUGGUGAAGUACCUUACAAAGUUGGGUUCUUUCUUUCUGAUUGAUAAGGACUCUGUGUGUCAGUGUGUUCACUGCUGAGAAUAGAUGCAUAGCAGCAUGACAGCUGAGCCAAGUCUAUACAUAACAUUUGCUUCAUUUCAAAAGAAGAAUGCCUGUUUCCAUUACCCUCACCGUCUUCAAAGCCGUGAACUUCGGCCAAGCAAUAAUAGCCUGAGCCCAGCUCCCCUGUCAUGAAACACCAUUGAAUGUUCUCCCCACUCCCAUCCCACACUGGAAGAGGUUUCCCAGCAACAGCCUCAUCCUCCCCUCACGGAUGCCUUCUGGACCCAUCUCCCACUGCCACAUGUGUGCAAGGGCUCCGGCUCGAAAAGCAGCAGGCUCAUGUGGGUUAGAAUUAAGGGGGGAACACACAGAGAUCCUAUUUUUAUUUUUAAGUCAAAAUUCUUAGAAACUGAAGCAAAGCAUCUUUGCAACAAAGGGAAAUGUCACUGACAGCCCAGCCCUGACAUUCUUGCUUGAGAGCAGCCUGACUGUAUGACGUGUACUGACGGUCAGCAGCAUCCCAUGGUUGCCAGGUGGGGAAUGGGGGGGACAGGAAGGCUGUCAAUUCAAUGCAAGUUUAAAGAGGGGGUGGUCGUACCUGGGAGAGAGGUCUGAAGGUGAACAUUUUGCACUUUUGAUACUCUUAGCAACAAAUAACUUAUUUAGCAAAUUGUCUUUUUUUAUGUUUGUUUUUUGUAUUGUGAAUGGGCAUUGAUUUUGAUGUUAUUUUUGUUUUAAGACUUACAGACUGGAAACUGAAAUAAACUAUUUUAAUGUGUGA